AUGAUUUACGUUAGAGAAAAACCCAGGAGACGGAUGAAAACCUUGUCGUUCUGUGAAGACCUGUUGCUGUCGCUGCUACCGCUGCUGGUGGUGACUGCCGUGUGGCUGGACGCCGCGGCUGCCAGCGAGUUUCCUGAGCGCGAGUGCUGCGACUCCAUACCUCCACUGCCAGCUCAGUACACCACACCGCCCGCAUCUGGGGUGACCGAACAGCCCAAGACGAGCACUUCAACAACGGUCAGACCGACAGCGGUAUCGGUGAGGACCAGCCCGCCGAUUGUCGACUGUAAGGUGGCCCGCCAGCUGUGCCGAAGGAGCGCUGCAUGUCAGUACAUCACGUCCAUCAUCCCGCGCCUCUGUGGACCCGAACUGGUGUCGUGCUCGACGGUGACGGUGACCAAGUGUCGGGCGGCUCUGCGGACGCUGGUGGCCUUCCAGUUCUUCCAGCCCACGUGUCUGUGCAAGGAGCAGCGCAUCGACCCCGAGUGUAACACCUACCGCAACCUGGUGUUCGACCAUCCCUGUCUGAGCGUCAGACACCUCGAUAAGGACCCGUUUCCCACGCAGGCCCUGCCUACCUGUGAGUACGCUCUGAACGCGUGCCACCAGCAGCCCAGCUGCUCCAGAGUCUAUCACGACUACCGGCGACUGUGUCCCUUCUCCGACGGCACGUGUCACAUGAAAAACAGCUCUGCGUGCAGCGAUGCCUGGAUCGCGCUGAAGAAACGGAGCCCGUUAUACGGAUGUAUUUGUACUGAUUUUCGCGACUGGAACUGCGAGAGAGCGUUCAAAGCCGUUCAUGAGAAUCCUUGCAUAGUGAGCGGUCUAGGAGGAGCCGAGGUCUCCCGACCACUGGCUGACCAGCAGUUGGUGGCUCCUCUGUUCAACCUGACGUCUGAACGACCCUGGUCAUCAAGUAUUGAGAGGACGCUCUACGGGCCUGAGAUGGACAGUAUGAAUAAUAAGUCUGAGGAGAGCGCCGUCAAAGAAAAGCAAAAAACUACUGCCAAGCUUCCAUCCGCCAACCCAGCCGGUUCGGUCGACGUGGAGUCGGCCGGUCCCGUGCUGCAGUCGUCCUGUCACACGGCGCUGGCCAACUGUCGUCGGGACCGCCGCUGCCGCCUCCUGCUGGAGCCCAUGUUGAACAGCUGCGUGGCCGACUCGUGCCACCGCCAGCAGUGUAUGAAGCACAUGCAGGAGUUCUAUGACCAGUCAGACAGCGUGCUCGUCAUGGACGCCGCACUCUGCGUCUGCCGCCGGAGCGACGCGGGCGAGUCGGGCUGCGUGGCGGCCAUGCAGCGGCUGCACCCGGCGUGCGCCAGCCAGCCGGAGGGCGGCCGGCUGCCGUCGUGUCUGCGGGUGGCGCGCCACUGCCGCCGCCAGUGGGAUGGCCGCUGCCGGCCGCGGCUCGAGCGCUACGAGCAGGCGUGUGCCGUGGACGUGGUGACGGCCCGCUGCGCCGGCCCCAGCGAGCACUGCCGGAGCGCGCUUCUGGCCGUGCUCGGUACCGAGCUGCACAGCCACUGCGGCUGUCACGACGCGCCGGCGGCCGGCUCCACGCCCGGCCAGCACAGCUGCCACGACUGGGAGCGCCUUCUCUGGGCUAACCCCUGUGUUGAAUUAUCUCAGCGGGAGUACCUUCUGCGCCAGCCGAGCGGCAGUCCCCUGCACGGCCCUCCGGCGCCAGUUCAGCCACCCUCCAGCAGCCGGCGGAGGCAGGCAGCGCUCCCAGACAGUCAGAGACUAGUUACGGACUCUGCCGCCGGUGACGCCACCAUCGUCCCCAGCCAUCCCCACUGCGUGGUCAGAAAACCAGGACGACCCGACGACUUUAUCCUCGUAGGAGCAGGAGUGCGGUAUUACCGUUUGAAGGGAAGCUCAGACCCGUACCGGGAGGAGAAGGACUGCUCUGAGCUGUGUAUGUGCCACGGCCGCGGCCGGCUCGUCUGUAACGUGCUCGACUGUCUGGAGAAGCGCGAGUGUCAGUCGUCGCUGGCGCUGUACUACCACGGCACGGCCGGACUGGUAUCCUACCAAGAGGGAUGCGUCUGCCACCACGGAGACUUCAUCUGCGCCAGACCUGCAGACGAUGACUAUUCGCUUCCCUUUGGUGUGUUCCUGUUCUUGGGGUACAGUCGGGCCGAACAAGACAUGCUUUAUCCACACACCCACAAGACUAUUAGACAGUAUGUCGUCGAAGAGUUGAAGAACAUUCUCGACGUUGUCCUCAAGAGACAGGACUUGGGUGCUCAGGUAAAGCUCAUUAUUUUUGUAUAG